CUUUCUUUUGUAUUUCCUUUUUUGGGGUUUCAUGGGAUUUUAAUCUUUUUUUUCCUUCGAGUCAGUACAAUCCCCGGCGACCCAUUUGAAGGUUUUCCGUGGCAGACCCAGAUCGGAUCCAGCCCGGCGGUGGACUCCGUUGGGCCUGCAUUGUGGUAUUCGAUGUUCUGAAGAUGAACUCGGAUGGUCAAAAGUUGCAUUGCUAGGUUUGGAUUCAUGGGGAUUUGUUUUAGUAUUGACGAACAAGAACAUCUACAACAAAAACUACAUCAGAAGCAACAAAAGCAACGACAACAAGGGAAGCAACGAUUAUCAUUCAUGACGAGUUCAGGACAGGAAUCUCCCCAAACUCUGGGUAAAACAAGUAAACCGGAGUCCUUUCAGAACCAAAGUCCAGUCAGAACUCCAUUGGUUCCCAAGAAUGUCACAGAUCUCCGCCAAAAUCCUGGGUAUAGUAAUGUCGAUAACUUUACAUAUGAAGAGAUGACAUUAGCCACAAAGCGUUUUCGGCCAGACUAUAUUCUUGGUGAGGGUGGGUUUGGAGUUGUUUAUAGGGGUGCCAUUGAUGAGAGUGUGAGGCCUGGCUACAAGACGACAAAGGUUGCAAUCAAGGUGCUUGAUCCCGAUGGAUUCCAAGGUGACCGAGAAUGGCUGGCAGAGGUCAACUAUUUAGGGCAGCUUAGUCACCCUAAUCUUGUGAAGCUCAUUGGGUACUGCUGUGAUGAUGACCACAGGCUGUUGGUCUAUGAGUACAUGGCUGGUGGAAACUUAGAAAAACACCUUUUCCGCAGAGUGGGUUGUACUUUAACUUGGUCAAAGAGAAUGAAGAUUGCUCUGGAUACAGCGAAAGGGCUUGCUUGCCUUCAUGGCUCAGAGAGGCCUAUCAUCUAUCGUGAUUUCAAGACGUCGAACAUCUUGCUCGAUGAGGACUUUAACGCCAAGCUUUCAGAUUUCGGGCUUGCAAAGGAUGGGCCUAUGGGAGACCAGACCCAUGUGUCAACACGAGUGAUGGGCACAUAUGGAUAUGCUGCUCCUGAAUAUGUUAUGACAGGGCACUUAACAGCUCGAAGUGAUGUUUAUGGUUUUGGGGUGGUGUUACUUGAGAUGCUCCUCGGAAGAAGGGCAUUGGACAAGAGCAGACCUAGCAGAGAGCACAACCUGGUCGAGUGGGCACGUCCACUUCUGAACCAUAAUAAGAAAGUCCUUAGAAUCUUAGACCCUAGAAUGGAAGGGCAGUACUCUCCCAGAACUGCAAUGAAGGUGGCGAAUUUGGCAUACCAAUGCCUUAGCCAAAACCCGAAAGGCAGGCCCCUUAUGAGCCAGGUGGUUGAAUUACUCGAGACUUUGCAGACAAACGAGGAAGAUGCAGUACUUCAGAGUGGAGGAGCAGUGACCCUUUAUGAAGAUCCGAAGUAUUCUUCUCAUGGUUCCGAAGAGAGGAGGAGAGAGGCGAAGCCAGAAAAUCCGAAGCAUUCUUCUAAUGGUUCCAAAGAAAGGAGGAGAGAGGUGAAGCCAGAAGAUCCAAAGGAUUCUUCUCAUGGUUCCGAAGAGAGGAGGAGAAAGGCGAAGCCAACAAAUGAGAGGAGCAAGAGUGAGCCUCCAUCUGAGCUUGACCUCUAUAGUCCGCCUGUCGAUUUUGAUCCUGAUAUGAAAUCAGAAUCUAGCAGAAGGUAAACAUUUUCUUUUUUCCCCAGAAAGGAUGGAAGCUGGAUUUUGCAAUGGAAAUAGUCUGCAAUAACUAUUUCUUCUUCCUUUCUUAGUGGAGUUUGAAUUUUUUUUUUAUAUUUUUUAUUAUUAAUCCUACAAUGAGCUUACUUUGUACAAUCUUUGAUACUCAAUAAAUUAAAAUUAACUGAGCUUCAUUUGGUUCUCA